AUGGAAGCAAAACACCCAAAUAAACAAGCAUCUCCAAGCCAUCAUCAACAUUUUCAAAUAGAAGAUUCAAAUGGUGAUCAUCAAAGUGAGCAGAAGAGAUGGAGUAAAGCUUCAUGUCUUUGUUGUGAGAUUGAUGUUGCACCAUUUGCCUUCCUCAUGCUUCUUCUCAUACUUGUCUCUGCCUUUCUGUUUAGAGGAGAUCAAUGGACUCUUUUCGACAAAACUAAGCUUCCGAUCAUGAAUAAAGGUCAAGAAGAUGACAUCUCAACCUUCUCCAAUGCCCCAUCCAAAGACAAGUUUAUUGGAGGUCUUUUAUCAGAUGAGUUUGAUGAAGACUCAUGCAAGAGCAGGUACAAUUCCAUGCUCUUCACCAAUUCAUCUCCCCACAAACCUUCGUCAUAUCUCAUCCAAAGACUUCGAAAAUACGAAAAACUUCACAAAAAAUGCGGUCCGAAUACUGAACAUUAUAACAAAGCCAUUGAUGAUCUCAAGUCAGGGAACAAGAACAAUAAUGAGCAAUCAGAAUGCAAGUAUUUAAUCAAUCAACCAAACAGUGGAUUAGGAAACAGGAUGAUAACCUUAGUCUCAUGUUUUCUCUAUGCUAUCCUUUCUAAUAGAGUUCUUCUCACUCAGAGUGGCAUGGAUAUGAGUGACCUUUUUUGUGAACCAUUUCCUCUAUCUUCAUGGCUUCUUCCUUUAGACUUCCCUCACAAUCAUUUACACCACUUGAGCUUUGGAAACAUGGUAAGGGAUUCAACAAGAAACAGUACUACUAAUUAUGCUUUUCUUGAUCUAUCUCAUGGUAGCAAUCACUAUGACAAGCUUUUCUUUUGUGAUGAAUAUCACCAUGGUUUCAUUGAUAACAUUACUUGGAUAAAAACACAAUCAAACCAGUACUUCUUGCCUGCUUUUUUCCUCAUGCCUUCAUACAAACAAGAGUUAGACCUACUUUUCCCUGAGAAAGACACAGUGUUCCAUCACUUGGGAAGGUAUCUAUUCCACCCAACAAAUUCAGUGUGGGGGUUGAUCACAAGGUACUACUCAUCUUACCUUGCACAUGCUGAGCAAAGGUUAGGUGUUCAAAUUAGGGUUUUCGAUCCGGCGAUGAGUAUAUUUCUUAAUGAGAAAACUCCUUCUGAGCUUGUUCUAGAGCAAAUUAUUUCAUGUGCUUUGAAAGAGGAUUUACUGCCUAAUGUCACAGUUUCAGUGAAGAAUAUCACAAGAAGUACAAGAUCAAAGAGUGUUCUUAUAACUUCUUUGAGCUCUGAAUUCUUUGAUAAGAUUAAGAACAUGUAUUGGGAGAAAGCAACAGUGGAUGGAGAGAUCAUAAGUGUGUAUCAACCAAGCCAUGAAGAACAUCAACAGACUGAGAAGAGCUCUCAUGAUAUGAAAGCAUUGGCAGAGAUGUAUUUAUUGAGUUACAGCAAUGUUUUGAUGACUAGUUCUUUGUCUACAUUUGGUUAUGUUGCACAGAGUCUUGGAGGGAUGAAGCCAUGGAUUUUAUCAAGGCCUGAUAAGUAUAAGGUGUUGCAUGGUGUCCCAUGCACUAGAGAUUUGUCAAUGGAGCCUUGUUAUCAUGCACCACCAACUUUUGAUUGUGAAGCUAAGAAAGAUACUGAUUUGGGUUUGGUGGUUCCUCAUGUGAAGCAUUGUGAAGAUGUGGACAAUGGACUCAAGUUGGUUCAUUCAUAA